AUGAAGGCAAUAUUCCUUUUUGUAUCAGUUUCUUCUGUUAUAUUUAAAUUAUAUUCCGCAACUGAAAAUGGCAAUGGUUACUUUAGGGGGAUUUUUACUGCAAAAACAAAGCAUCCACUUUGUAAACCUUAUAAUGAUUCUGCAUAUAUACCAAAAUUCUAUUUAAAACAAAAGAUAUGAGGAUUUAGAAAAUUAGUAUAAAAUAAAAAUGAUAAAUGGAAAUUAUGGUUAAAGAAACAGAAAAAAGAAAUGAUAAAAGAUUUUAAUCAGGAAAAGGAUGCUUGGUUUAGUAACAGAAAGGAUAAAUUGAAUAAUUUUUUUUUUUACAGCUUCGAGGAAAAAUGGUUAUGUUAUUGUAUGUGAGAAGAUUUUCAAUCAAAUCUUUAUGAUGUAUUCUCUAAUUGGAUUGACGAUGAAUGGAUGGAAUGGUUUAAACCACAUGUAUUAGAUUAUAUACCAUCAGAUUUUGAAAGGUUGUUCAAUGAAAAUAUGUCCUUCUAAAAUAAAAUUGUAACAUUUAAAUUAAUGAAUUAAAAUGAAAAGAAGAAAUACAAAUGGGAUUCAUUUAUGUAUAGGUUAUACGAAUUUAAUUGCUGGACACGCUGGUUUAAAAAAUUAUUAUUUACAGAUCCAGAUAUUUAUAUAAAAGUUGCAGCUUAUCGACAAUGGUACCAAAAAAUAAGAAAUGAAGAGUAUUCCUGAAAUCUUUUAACUAAGCAUAUUAAUAAAAAAAAAUAUGUAAAUUCUGCAAUCGCAUGAAUACAGUGCUCUACACAAACUAUGGAAUCCUAUAAUAAUAGGUUAAUAUCCUUUUAUAUAAAUUGUAUAGAAAAUAAACAGUGGAAUGUAUGGCUUAAAAUAAAUUGA